GACGGACGCCCCCGCCCGGCCCUCCCGGACCCCGGGUUGGUGCUGGAAGGGGGAACCCGGCCAUGCGCCCCGGGCCCGGCCCAUCUCCUUGUCGGCCACCUGCAAUUCGCCUCCUUUCUACUAGCUCCGCCUCCCCCAGCCCAGUCGACCCCUGGACUGAAUGAACCUCACACCCCCAAAUCAGGGAGCCCCACACUCGCCCGGCUUCCUCCGGCCUUGUCUGCCCACUCGGGUGCAUCCAUCCUGCAGCCUUCCAGCCCCGUCCGGUCUGGGCAUGCGGAGGUCUCGGUGACCUUGCACUUUUUGUGGUCUCCCGUCUCCUACUAGUUCUGACUAUGGAUUGUCCAUUAUGGCUUUCAAACUUUUUUACUGAAUCUACACUGAGAAAUAUGUUGAAGGUGCAUAUCCUGUGCCUGUAGGUAUAGUUACUGAGCCACAAGUUUAAAGGGAGACGCGCAGCCCAGCGCACAUGACGCAGAUCUCUUCUAGCUCUAGUCUAAUUCAUUUCGCUCCCUGCUAAAAGGCUUUUGCUUUUCGUCGGUACAGAAUGGGUCUGGCAGCUUGAAGCCUUGGUUUAAACCCUCCUUUAGACCUUACCUAUGGAGGAUACUGCACUGUCACAAUCAGAUAAUCACUGUAAACUUUAAUUGCAAAGCAAGGUGAAAGCAGCCGGAGGACUUGUGGGACUUGUCCAAGGUCUUCUCAGCAAGCCCAAGCCCCAUCCUCGGGGUGGGUGGAUGAUGAUGGUGUAGUUCUCUCAUGUGAUGAAGGGCAGAGUCCAGAUUGGCGGAUUCCAGGCCAGGGAGGAGGAGGAGCUCAUCUGCCAGGGCCGAGCAUGAACUGAGGUUCCCAGGAUGCCCCUGCCUGAGCCCAGUGAGCAGGAGGGUGCGAGCAUGAAGGCUGCCCAGGAGCCAUCCCUGGAGCCCAGCGUGGAUGUUGCCCCGGCAGACCCCAGGGAGCCCCAGGAGUUCUCCAAUCUGGUCCUGCUGACCUCAGACCAGGCAGGGAACGAGAUGGGCUCUGAUCCCACGGAAGUACACUGUGUCAUCUCCCUGGAGGUGGUUGACCCCUCCACCCUGACCAGCACCCUCGAGAUCCUGCCAGCUGAGGAGGAGGUACAGGCAGUGCAGCCGCGCAUAUGGUCCUCGGGGCUGAAGCGCAGCAAGCUGGAGCCAGUCUCCCAGCCCCUUGAGUUCCUGAGGACCCCAUUUGGGGGCCGCCUGCUUGUCCUCGAGUCCUUCCUGUACAAGCAGGAGAAGGCUGUGGGGGACAAGGUGUACUGGAAGUGCCGCCAGCAUGCUGAGCUGGGCUGCCGGGGCCGGGCCAUCACCCGGGGCACGAAGGCUACAGUGAUGCGGGACCACUGCCACCUGCCGGACGAGAAGGGCCUAGCGGCCCGGCGCGAGAAAGAAAAGCUGCCUAGCUCGGAUCCUGAGGACCCUGGAGGACCAGUGGAGGAGCUGCUCAAGGAAGUGAGCCCGUGGCUGUAUCCUCAGGAACCACAGCCCGCCCCCCAACAGGAACGGAGCCAGCCAGCCCCAGAGCAGAGCCCGGUGCUUCAUACCCUGCCCAUGCUGAGCUUGCCAUUCAAGAAACGCCGGUUACGGAGCAUGGGCCUGCCUCCAGGCCUGGAGUUCCUGAAGACGUGCUACGGGGGCAGCUUCCUCGUGCACCAGUCCUUCCUCUACAAGCGGGAGAAGGCUGUGGGCGACAAGGUGUACUGGACGUGCCGGGACCACACGCUGCGUGGCUGCCGUAGCCGCGCCAUCACCCAGGGCCAUCGGGUGACAGUGAUGCGAAGCCACUGCCACUCACCUGACAUGGAGAGCUUGCAGGCGCGGCGGCGGCAGGAGAAGACCAUGCAGACACUUCCGGCCAGGCCAGCUGGUCCUGGGGGCUGCACAAACAAGCUGCCCCAAGGCAUGGACGGUCCAAUCGGUCACCAGGGGCCAGGGGCCACCAGGCGUCGCCCCAGAAAGAAAGCAAAGGUCAAAGGUCAGGAGCUCUCUGCUCAGACACAAGUCCCACAGGGACCCCCCGAAGAGGAGCAGGACACAGAUCCGGGAGGCCCAGAGUUCAUCCGAACCCCACUGGGGGGCAGCUUCCUGGUGUACGAGUCCUUCCUGUACAGGCGUGAGAAGGCCGCUGGGGACAAGGUGUACUGGACGUGCCGCGACCAGGCGCGCAUGGGCUGCCGCAGCCGCGCCAUCACCCAGGGCCGGCAGGUGACAGUGAUGCGUGGCCACUGCCACCCACCUGACGUUUUGGGCCUGGAGACCAUGCGGCAGCGGGACAAACACCCCAGCCCUACUCAUCGGGAGAGCCUAGCAGGAGGUCCAGAGUUCAUCCGAACCCCACUGGGGGGCAGCUUCCUGGUGUACGAGUCCUUCCUCUACAGGCGGGAGAAAGCCUCCGGGGACAAGGUGUACUGGACGUGCCGUGACCAGGCGCGCAUGGGCUGCCGCAGCCGCGCCAUCACCCAGGGCCAACACGUGAUGGUCAUGCGCAGGCACUGCCACCCGCCUGACCUGGGUGGUCUAGAGGCCCUGCGGCAGCGGGAGCACCUGCCCAACCUGGCCCAGUGGGAAGGCCCAGAGCCUCAGCAGCCCCUGGAGUUCCUGAGGACGUCCCUUGGUGGCAGGUUCCUGGUGUACGAGUCCUUCCUCUACCGGAAGGAGAAGGCUGCUGGCGAGAAGGUGUACUGGAUGUGCCGGGACCAGGCCCGGCUGGGCUGCCGCAGCCGCGCCAUCACCCAGGGCCGGCGCGUGAUGGUCAUGCGCAGCCACUGCCAUCUGCCUGACCUGGCUGGCCUGGAGGCCCUGCGGCAGCGCGAGCGGCUCCCCAACCCGGCCCAGCAGGAGGACCCAGAAAAGAUAAAACUUCUGCCUGAAGCUCAGCUGUGCAUGGAGACUUGUCCUGAAAGCCAGCAGAAUUGUGGGAACAUCGCGGAGACCAGGCCAGACAGCGAGGCCCAAUGAGAUGUCUCCAAGCGGGCAACAGAGGGGCAUCGGCCGGUGUCCCAGAUGCUUCCCAUCCACGCAGGCAUUUUCCACCCAUCUAGAGUUGCUUGACAAGUUCUUUCAUUCUUCCCAAGUAUUGAUGGCCGUUUCCUCAUAGGUCUGUCAGUGCUUGGACAGUGUCCCUGUGUCAGCAAAAGUAGCUGCUAGAGCUAGUGGCGCGUGGUGGGUGGGGAGGUGCAGCGCAGGGCACAGAAAGCUCUGGAGGGAGCAUCUGGUUGGGCCAGAGAGGCCCCAUGCCCACUUUGCUGCCCAGAGCCACAAGCGCCAGAGUGCAGACUUCACAAGGACUUUGUGGCAGGUGUGGUCCCGCGUGGCCCUGUGAAAUACCGUCACCCAGGCCAGCGCAGGCAGGGGCUUUUGCUCCUUCUGGGGAGCACCCUUUGCAGGCCACACAGGGUCUCUCCUGGACUGGUGGGGGUGGCACUUCCUGGUCUUCGGCCGCCUGCGGCCCUGUGGGUGCAGCCAGCCCCGAGCACAGUGGAGCGGGUCCCAGUGGGACUUGCCAGUGGCAGCCAGCGCUGGGCAGACACCUGGGCUGCACGGGCCCCUCUGGGUUCACCUGUGUUUACCCACAGCAUGAGGGUGGAGAGGGAGGUGGCAGUGAGGUGUAGCCCUCCUCUUACUGGGAGCUAGCAGAGCACCCACCAAGGCAGUCUGGCUGGGCCACCCUCCAAGGGGCACAGGGACUCCUGACAAGGACUGCAGAGCCUCCUGCAUGCCAAUAAGGCUGCCCCCAGACAGCGGGUCCCUGUCCCCACCCUGUAAUAGUAGAGGGAGUGUGCAGGAUGGUGGCAGGGUCCCCUCUCCUGGCAGCCUGGCCACAGAACUGUCAUCCGUGUUGAGUAGUGACAGCUUGUGCCCCUUGGCUCUCAGCUCAUCUGCUUCCUCCAAUAAAUCCUCUUCCCUCUCACCA